AACUGGAUAUCAGCUGAGAGACGCUCACACUCUGCCAGCAUCAGAGUAGUGCAGAGGUGAAGAAUCAACUAAAUUUCCAAAAGUAAACACAAUGAAAAUCAUCCAAAGCCGGCUCUGGUCUUUUGUGUUUCUACAAAGUUUCCUUACUGGAAAUUUAGUUGAUUCUUCAGCUCUGCCCUCCGCUGCCAACCCAGUACCCGUCAUGACCCUGGUGGGGAGCCAGGUGGUCCUUCCCUGCAGCUGGAAGGACUCCCAGAAAGAAAUGUCAGCGUCCGGCUGCCACAUCCAGUGGAUGACUCCGCCGUACACCGUGUUCGAACAACUUGGAGAAGACAGGUGGCAGGCGGCGGAGUACGAGGGCCGGGUGGAGGUGCCUCUGGAGAAACUCAACUCCGGGGAUUGUUCCCUGAUCAUCAAGGAUGUUCAGAUCGGAGACACGGGGAGAUACGAGAGUUUCCUAGUGGUGGAUGGCGUGAGGUCCCAAAAGAGCAGAGUUUUCAUUCAGAGUGUUAAACUAUCUGUGACAGACCACAAAUCCCAGAAGAGUCUUUACCCAGGGGACGACCUGGUUUUGAAGCUGUACACCCCCCACUCAUUUGCAGUGGUCUUCCAGAGCAGGAACAGUUCAGAGUGGGUGAACUUGUGGAAGAGAGGGGAUGAGAACGACAAACGCAUAGAAAAACAUCAUCAGCUUGAACAAUUAACGAUAAAGAAUCUUCAAUACUCUGAUGAAGGAAUAUACAAAGUUUUGGAUGAGGACGACCUCUCUGUCAGCACCAUCCAGCUGUACAUAACGGAAAACUCCCCGUCGUCGAGAAUCCAAGAAAAGCAGCAAAAAAUUCUGACAGAUUCUGCUGCUACAAGCAGCUGUUCAGCUCUCCUCUUGUCUGUUCUGCUCUCGUGUUUACAAAUUAUUCAUCUUCACUAAGACAUAUUUUUCUGCAGUGCAACUGGACAAUAUCUACAGAAAUUAGCACUUUAUGACCAGCAGACAGAGAGCAUUUGUAAGUAGAAGUAACAACAAGCCUUGUAAUCUUACGCAAGCUGAAACACCUUCAUUAAUAGUCUGGUCCAUUUCUGAUGCUCAACAUUUUAUAAAUGUCAUCGUGUGUUUUUCAAAUUGAAUAUUUGCUUAUGUGCUGGAGAUUGCUUUCAUUGUCAUUCAAAAGAACCAUCUUUUAGUUGAUGUUAAUGAAAAAUAUUGCUGCGAUAUGACAGUCCCUUUUACUAUUUAAUUCAUCAAAACUCACUUAUAUUUGGCUAUUUUGCAGUUUCUCAAAAAAAAAAACAAAAAAAAACAACAAAUAAAAUGUCAAAGCUGCCAAUUAACUUAAAAAGAUGCAGACUGAUACAUCAGUUAAUUUCAAGAAGUAAAAACUAAGACCUAAGACCUGUAUUAGGGGAGUUUUCAUCUGUCUAGCAGCAGAAAUGUUCUUUUUUAUAUAUUCCAACUGUUUCGCACGUUUGCAAAGUAUUCAUUGAGCCAUUAAAAAUGUUUGGUUCCAGUUACAACAUUUUAUGAACCACUGCUUGCAAAAUGAUAUAGUUCUGUUUGAGAUAUUGUUUUUAUAUCUAUAGAAGGUAUGUCUACAUAUUUAAACUACCCAACAUAUAGCUUUAAAAGGGUGUUUUGGUCUUUGCCUUCUUUCUAUUACAUACCAACUCUAUAAUCAAAUCAAAAUUCAGUGUAAUCAACAUGAGAAACCUAGCUAAUUUCCUAGUUAAUAAAAAAAUGUUUGUUAGUUUUAAAGUGUGGUUUUAUUACGGGACAUGAGCAGUUAAUUUAGGGUUAGAGAGGCUGAAGCUACUGAUUAUUCUGAGAUAGACCAGUUUUUUUAGAUUUUUUUUUUAGUUGUACCAAUUUGUGAUUUUAUAAAUAAAAAAACUGUUAAAAUUAUAAACAAAGCUUAUUCAAAACUGUUUGACUGCAUUUGUAGAAAACCUUAAAAUUUUCGAAGCAAAUAAAGUUAAUUAGAAAUAGACAUGUGUGAUCUCAUAUCUGUAAAAUAUAUUUAUUAUUUAAUUUAAAUCAAAUAAAAGAAUAAUAAAAAAAACCUUUUUUGUUCUUUAUUCAUUUUUAACUCAUUCAGUUAGGUUACAUGGGAAUGGCUUAAUACACACGUUCACAGGAAACGAUGCAACACAAAGGACAAAGAAACAAAGACAUGCUGCAACUUGAAUAAUCUUUUCGUCCAGGACUUCCUUCACACUGAAACCCAAUACAUCCUCCAAGUUAUCGGCUUGCUCUUUGUGAACAAAUCAGGUUUAGUAAAUGGUUACUGGUAGUCUUUCUCCAUUUGCCUUUUUGUAUAUUUUUGCUGGUUCUUCUGUUAUCUUUUUAAAUAAAGCCAAUUUCACCUGCUUUUUAGAUGUUUCAUAUCCACUUUGACAAAAAAAAAAAA